GUAGUCAAGCCACAUACUCCGUUAAUUAAGUUCCCAGACAGAAAAAGUAGUCCUAAACCCAAAAUACAGGAAUCUCUACAAGCAAGUGUGCCAUCUCUCCAUGCUUCAAAAGCACAGGAGUCUGUAGGAGGCAGAUCACUGGCAUUUCAAAAUAUCUCAUCUGUUAGUAGAGUACAAGGUACACCCGACACUUCUGAAUUAGCAAGAACCUUACCUCAGAAAUACAGAAGGAAACUUAUGUCAGAUGAAGAGAUUGAAUUUAUUCAACGUGGAGGUCCAGAAUAAGUAUGGACGAUAGUUCGUUGGCCACUGUUGAAGAAUGAAAUAUUGCAUUCACAAUAAAGUCGUUUCCUUAAUGUUAUAAAUGAUUGUAUACUAAUAGCUCAAUAAAAACC